AUGGAAGCGAAGAAAGUGACAGAGGAGGAAGAAGAGACAUGGAGAAGAGAGAUAGUAACAAGUGUGAUGAGGAUAGUGAGCACGAGAUUGCCUCAGAGAGAUCUAGUUUCUCUCCUUCUCGUUAGCAAUUGGCUCUAUCGCACUCUCGUCGCUUACCCUUCCAUCUGGCUGAACAUUGAUUUGCGCGAGAUGACCAAUGCAGGGGAUAGGCUCUUAGCUGCUCUGUCCUUGCCAAGAUAUCGUCAAGUGAAGCAUAUCAAUCUUGAAUUUGCCCAGGGUAUUGAGGACAGUCAUCUUAAACUUGUGAAAAGCCGGUGUCACGAUGCUCUUUUAAGCUUAGAAUGCUUGAAUCUGAAUGUGUGCCAAAAGAUAUCGGACAGCGGAAUCGAAGCUAUAACUAGCAUAUGCCCCAAGUUGAAAAUUAUCUCUAUCUACUGGAACGUGAGGGUGACUGAUGAUUGCAUUAGACAUCUAGUGAAGAAUUGCAGAUAUAUCAUUGAUUUGAACAUAAGUGGCUGCAAGGGCCUAACCGACAAAGGUAUGCAGCUAGUAGCUGAAAGUUAUCAAGGCAUAGAGUCACUGAAUAUCACUAGGUGUGUUAAGGUCACAGAUGAUGGAUUACUUCAAGUGCUACAGAAGUGUUGUGCUCUCCAGACCUUAAACCUCUAUGCUCUUUCAGGAUUCACAGACAAAGCCUACAAGAAGAUAUCACUUUUAGCUGAUCUAAGGUUCUUAGAUCUAUGUGGAGCUCAGAAUAUAUCUGAUGAGGGGCUUGCUCAUAUAGCUAAGUGCAACAAGCUAGAGUCUCUCAACUUGACAUGGUGUGUGCGUAUCACAGAUGCAGGUGUGAUUACCCUUGCUAAUAGUUGUACAUCCCUCGAAUUUCUCAGCUUAUUUGGAAUAGUUGGGGUGACUGAUAGAUGUCUGGAGGCUCUCUCGCAGACCUGCUCUGCUACACUCACCACCCUUGAUGUCAAUGGCUGCAUCGGUAUUAAGAGACGAAGCCGUGAAGAGUUGCUUCAGAUGUUCCCUCGUGUGACAUGCUUCAAAGUACACAGCUAA